GGCCUGGUGCCCGGGCGGGACGUCGUGUAUCGCAAAGACCUGAGCGGGCGCAUGGCCUAUUCUGGACAGUGCAUGCAGCUGACCAAGCUCAUCAGCGACGCUGCGCUGGGCGGCAUGGUGCUGCUGGGCGCUUCCACGGUGGAGAGGCUGCUGCCACUGCCUAGACGAGACCUGCAGGGCCUCACGCUCUGGCACAAAGGCCGAUUCGAGCUGGAGAACAAGGCGGCAGCAGCAGCAGCCUGCAGCGGACUGCUGCCCAUCCGCACAAUCCAUCACCCUCAUCCCCAUGCCCUCCACCCUCAGCGCCUGACGCCUGCCCGCGGAGUGGGUCCUCAGGACCUCUACCAGGCCCUGUGUGGCCCCUCCCUGGCGGCACGGCAGCUGCUGCUGGAGCGGCAGCCGCUACGGGCGCUGGGGCUGGUGCUGCCGGGGGUGCUGGCGGCGCCGCUGGGGGCCGUGACCCUGGCCAUGGUGCAGGUGGUUGGUCUGCCGGUGCUGGAGGAGUGGAACGAGGGCGUCACGCGGGAGUCGCUGGGUCUGCUGCGAGGGACCGCCCUGGAGCUGCUGCGGGCGGCGGGGGGCUACCCCGUUGUGCUGGAUGGG